AUGAGCCGCGCGGCCGCCGACGCGCGCGCGGCGCUCCGCGACGGCUGCCCCGUCGACGCGCUCGACGACAACGGCCUCACGGCCCUGCACCUGGCCGCGUUCAACGGCGUCGCCGAGGUCGUCGACGCGCUCGUGGAGGCCGGCGGCCCGAACUUCGUCGCGCGCGAGAGCCGCGGUGGCAUGAACGUGUUGCAUUUUGCAACCGGCGCCGGCGCGUCCGACGAUGCGUUCCCCUUCGUCGCCGCGCUCUUCGCCGCCGCGCCGCGGACGCUGCUGCUGGGCCUCUCGCUCGCGCGCGAGCACCAGGGGCAGCUCACGCCGAAGGACCGCGCGGUCCUGAAUGGGCACGAGCGCCUGGCGCUGCUCUUCGGCGCCGUCGAGCGGCUCGACGACGCUGAGGUCGAGCGCAUCCUCGCGACGGCGUGCGCGGCGGUCGUCGUCGGCGGCGUAGUCCGGCUGCCGCGAGAGGACGAAGUUGUACUCGAGGAGCGGCGGGAUUGCGAAGGGCGCCGACGACCCGCCCGCGGGGAAGACGCGCACGCGCACGACCUUGCGGCCCUCGGACGGGCUGAUGGCGCCCACGAAGGCCCAGCGGCUGCACCGGACCAUGGGCGCGUAGUCCGGGUUGCCCUGCAGCAUGGACGCGAAGCGCUUCCAGGGCCCCGUGACGGCCUUGUUCGCCGGGCUCGCGAACUUGAAGCAGCGCAUGACGUCGCCGUCGCGCAGCGCGUUCAUCUGCGCGGCGACGACGUCCUCGGGCGCGGCUUUGGGCGUCGGCCGCCGGGGCAGCGCCGCCUCGUCGUCGGCCGCGCUCGCCGCGCGCCGCGGGAUCGACGCGCGGCGCGGCGUCGGCGCGAAGCCCGCGGCCGCCGCGAGCGCGAGCGCGAGGACGACGCGCCGCUUCAUCGCGCCGCGAGGUACUGCGAGGCCUUCUCGAGGACGACGGACAGGACGAUCGCGGCGACGAAGAAGCCGCCCUUCUCCGCGAUGGCCUUGCCGAUGACCGGGUCGAACUCGCGCUUCUCCCGCGGCUCGGCGCGCAGCAGCAGCGCGCGGCCGCGCGGCGCGUCGGGCGCGGGCGAGAAGGCGACGCGAGCGCGCUCGCGGCGCGAGGCGACCGGCGCGAAAGCGGAUGCGGAAGCAGCCACGCAGACGAGGACCACGACCAGGCGCAUCGAUUGCAAUGAGACUGCAAUGAGAACUGCAACACACUGCAACAUACACUCCGUAUCCGAUACAACCGCGCUACCCCGUCGCUCGACGAUGCCUCUGCCAAAACCCAUCAAGAAGAGCAAGGGCCCCGUGGAGCCCGAGGUCGAGGAGGCCAAGGGCCACAACCCGAAGGAGGACGCCGCCGUCGGGUCCAUCUCGCACAUCCUGCGCACGCUCUUCCGCGGGCUCUACGAGGACGAGGCGCGCGAGAAGGCCGAGGCCGAGGAGCAGGAGAAGCUCCAGGCGGAGCAGGACGCCAAGGCGCAGAAGAAGGCGAAGAAGAAGGGCAAGGCGAAGAAGGGCGCGAAGACGGGCCGGGAGGCGGCCGUCGAGGACGACGCGUCGCUCGACGACGACGACGACGACGGCGCGGUCGAGCACGGCGACGCGCCCUGGUUCGACGCGAGCCACCUCAAGGACGUGGAGCACACCAAGGCCCUCGCCGCGCGGCGCCAGGACGCCAUCGCCGCGCGCCUGGGCCGGCAGCAGAAGCAGGCGGACGGCCUUUUAGCGUACAUGGGCGAGCAGAUCCGCGUCGCCGCGGCGGCCGACGAGGAGGAGGAGCGGUCGCUGAAGAAGCGGGGCCUGCUCGUCUCGGCGCACAUCCCCCAGGCCGCGUCCCAGCUCGAGCUCACGUCCGCGGCGCUCGCGGACGGCGGCCACUUCUCCGCCGCUUUGGUCACGGCCGCGGACCUCAUCGAGGCGAACCGCAAGGCGCUCGCGCGGCGCUCGGGCAACAUGGAGGCCGCGGGCGUCACGUCCAAGGCGUCGGCGGUCCUCGCCACGGGCGCGCCGGGCUACUUCAAGCUCACGGCGACGAACAAGGUCCGCCAGAAGCUCGCGCUCCAGCGGAGCCACGGCCCCUGCGGCGACAAGGGCGACCCGACGGCGCUCACGCUCCUGCGCACGUCGCUGUCGGCGCCGGGCGCCGACGAGGGCUCGGGGUCCGCGACGACGGCGCGGCCGAGGCGGCCCGACGUCGGCGCGUCCGUCGAGCAGCAGGAUUUAGACCUCAAGGUGCUGACGCGCAUGGAGCAGAAGCUCCACUUCCUGCGGAACCCGCGCUACGACGCGCACAACCCAAACCACCAGCGGCGUCUCACCGCGCGGCCGCCGUCGCCGCGGCGCAUCGGGCGGGAGACGUACGCGGAGACGGACCCGGCGGCGAUCGCGCGCCGGGAGGCGCUCGACCGCGACGGCGACGGCGCCGAGGAAACGCAGCUGCGCGACGUGCCCCUCGUCAUCGUCGAGCCCCGGGAGGUCGCCUUCAGCAACCACGUCGUCGGCGGCGCCUACGAGCAGGCGCUCUCGAUCAAGAACGCGUCGGCGAUCUCGCGGCGGCUGCGCCUGCUCCGCCCGCGGACCAAGUUCUUCACCGUGGCGUCGGUCAAGUGGCCCGGCGCCAGGGACAGUGGCAACCUCGCCCCGGGCAUGUCGCUGCGGGUCCUCAUCCGCUUCGAGCCGGACAGCCUGGCGGACUACGAGGACGAGCUUAGAGUGGUGUCGGAGAUCGGCGAGGUUUCGGUGCGCCUGCGCGCGACGCGGGACCCGCCGGUGCUCACGCUGCCGGACCAGCUGGACGUGGGCGCCUGCCACCUCGGCGGAAGACUGGAGACGUCCUUCGCGGUGACGAACGCGGGCGGGCCCGGCCGCUUCCGAUUAUUGCGGGAGCAGGACUACCCGUCGCCCGUCGCCGCCCAGCGCUACAGCGACACGAUGCGGCUCUUGCCCUACUACACGGUGAAGCCGACGUCCUUCGAUUUAGGGCGGGACGAGACGACGCAGAUCCGGGUCACGUUCGCGCCGGACGGCGCGCCGGGCGAGCACCGCGCGAACUUUCUGCUCAUCGGCGACGACUGCCGCGUCGUCACGCACGUGCUCGUGGGCCGCGCCGAGGCCGUCGAGGUCACGGCGUCGGACCUCGACGGCGUGGAUUUACUGGCGGACGCGUCGUACGCGCCGCCGGACGCGCUCGGGUUUGAGUCGCUGCCGCUCGGCGCUUCCGCGACGCACGAGGUGUCGCUGCUGAACCGCGGCGAGCUGCCGCUGGCCUUCGACUGGCGCGUCGACGAGGACGCGCCAGAUUCGGGUUUUACAGUGGCGCCCGUCGCGGGCGUGCUCGAGCCGCGGUCGAAGCAAAAAAUCACGGCGAGCUUCUCGCCGUCGCUCGCGGCGCCCGUCGGCGCGACGGCGGCGCUGGUCGUGCGCGGCGUGCCGCGGCUCGCCGCGGGCUCCCUGCCCGUCGUCGGCGCGAGCGACCGCGAGGGCCGGGGCGACUUCGUCGACGUCGAGGCGUACAAGUUCGCGAUGCGCGGCGCGGGCCACCGCGUGCGCCUCGACGCGGCGCCGCGCUGCGUGGCGCUGCCCUGCGCGCUGGGCCUGGGCAACGUCUACGAGCUCGACGAGGAGCUCGUGACGCUGUCGAACCCGACGGGCGCGCCCGUCGAGUGGUUCUGGGGCGCCGCGGCGACGCGCGGCGCCCUCGUCCUCCCGGACGCGCUGCUCGCGCCGGACCCGGCUAUAGCGGCGGCGACGGUCGAGUGGGAGCCGAGCCGGGGCGUGCUCGGGCCCGGCGAAUCCGUCGAGUGCAUGAUGCGCCUCGACGCGACGCGCGUCGGCUCGACGGAUCUCGCGCUGCCCUGCUUCGUCGUCGACCGGCGCGGCGGCGACCCCUACGAGUCCUGCCGCGUCGUGCUCAACUGCGAGACGUCCGGGGGGCGCCUGCGCUUCGCGGAGCCCGAGGUGGACCUGGGGUUGAUCGCGGUGGGCGCGAAGAAGGAGCACGUCAUCACAUUCACAAACGCGACGUCCGGCGACCUCGAGUUCUCCUUCGCCGAGGUCGCCGACGCGGGCCUCGGCGGGAGGCACUCGGGCUCCCAGAAGUCGCUCGGGGGCCGGUCGUCGUCGAAGGCGUCCGACGGCAGGAAGUCGAAGUCGGACGCGUCGAACGGCGACGGCGAGAACCCGUGCGAGAACAACGAGUUCAAGAUCGACUCGCCCUACUGCCAGCUCAUGUUCGACCCGCCCGUCGGCACGGUGGGGCCCCGGGGCGAGGCGUCCGUGCGCGUCGUCUGCUCCGCGGGCAAGCUGCCGCAGCGGCUCCGCGCGCACGCGCGCGUCGACGUGCGGAGCGGCCGCGCGGCCGCGGAGCCCCAGUUCAUGAGCCUGCGGGGCGAGGUCCAGGCGCCCAAGGUCUACCUGACGGAGACGGACGUCGACCUCGGCGUCGUCUACGUCGGCGUGCCCGUGACGCGGUCGCUGCGGCUCGUGAACCUGUCGAACCUGUCGACGCGGUUCAAGUGGGAGCGGCCCGGCGGCGCGUCGUCGACCUUCGACCUCGGCUUCAGCCCGCCGAGCGACGUGCUCGACGCGAAGCAGGUCUGCGACGUGACCAUGACGUUCUGCGCGCUCUCCGCGGGCGUCGUCGACGAGGUGCUCGGCUGCCGCAUCUUCGGCAUGUCGCUGCCCCUGGGCUUCACAUUAAAGGCCAUCUCCAAGGCCGCGGUGCUCGCCUACGAGCUGUUGCCCGACGGCGCCGAGCCGCCGCCGGCGCUCGCGGACGCGGCGCUGCCCCAGCUGCCCGAGGGCGUGUCCGUGCCGUCGCAGCCGCCGCCGCCGAAGCUCGACUUCGGCGCGGGCGUGCCCCUCUUCGAGCGCAAGACCGUGCGCCUCGCCAUCCGCAACCUCAGCGCCAUCGCCGCCAAGUUCUCCAUCGCGCCGAAGAAGUACCCCGUGGCGAAGCGCGACCCCGCGCCCGGCGACGCGGCGUCGGCCGCGUCGGGCGGCACGGCGCGCGGCCGCCGCAAGCCCAUCCUGGACGACUCGCUGGAGAGGACGAACACGUUCACGAGCGUCGGCGGCCGGGCGCACAACGCGAAGCGCCGCGUGGCCGCGGAGGACUCGGAGGUGCUCGGCGGGGGCAACGGCGUCGCGUUCUCCGUGUCGCCCGCGGCGGGCGUGCUCGUGCCCUGGGGCGUGCUCGUCGUCACCGUGACGGCCUACAACAACAUGGCGGGCCUCUUCACGGACGCUUUAGAGUGCGACGUCGAGUCCGUGCCCGCGAGCCGGCUGCCCAUCCGCCUGAGCGUCCGGGGCUGCCCGCUGACGCUACGGCCCGAGUGCGCGGGGCUGGACCUGAUCACGUCGCCGGAGCGGCCCAUCCUGAACUUCGGCCAGAUGUGCGUCGGGUCGCCCCAGGCGCUGGCGAAGCACGUGCGCGUGCGCAACAGCGGGCCCGUCGACGCGCUGCUGACGUGGCGCGUCGUGCCCGAGGGCGGCGGCGCGGGCGACGAGGACCGCGCCGUCGACGUCGCCGCGAGGUACGUCGGCGGCGACGACCCCGUGCGGCUCACCAUCAAGUGGCACGAGCAGGUCGAGUACGACCCGCCUUUUACGGUGGACCCGCCGGAGCUCAAGGUGCCCGCGCACGGCGACGGCGCGUUCGUCGUGCGCCUCCGGCCGGACACGGUAGCUCCCGGGUCGCGCCACCUCGAGGACGCGGGGCCGUCCGGCACGGUGCGCGCCAUGAUGGUCGCGGACGCGCUCUGGGUGUCGCGGCCGAAGACGCCGGGCGCGUCCGCGGACCUCGACAACGAAGCGGACGGGCCCAAGGUCGAGAACCGCCUCGCGGGCCUGUCGCUGACGACGCUGAGCACCGUGGGCCGCGCGAGCGGCAUCCUGAAGAAGGCCAACGACCCGCGCGUGCUCCAGGCGCUCAAGGUCGUCCUCGACACGAAGCUCGUGCGCCCGCGGCUCCAGCUCGAGAAGGCCGCGGCGGACGGCGGCCACACGCUGCGCUUCAAGACCUGGUCGACGACGGUCAUCGACACGCGCGUGCGGCGCAACGCGGCGACGGCGACCUUUUUUCCCGCCGCGGGGCUCGCGGCCGCGGCCGCGGGCGACCCGUCGACGGCCGUCGCGCGGAGCGGCGACCCGGGCUCGCCCGGCGACCCGCCGGGCACGGCGUCCGGCGCGUCCGUGGCCACGUCCACGGGCGGCAUCCCGUCGAGUCUGCACCGGCGGGCCAUGCUCCGCAACGUCGCCGACAUCCCCCUGACGUGCUCGCUCGACGUGACGUCGCCGUUUUCCAUAUUGACCGCGUCGUCGACGUCCUUCUCCUACAAGGGCCGCGACUGCCUCCACAGCGACCUGCAUUUGCUCCCGCGGCGGAGCCUCAAUUUGGACAUCCUGUUCAGCCCGCCGCCGCUGCCGCCGUCGUCGCCCUUGGAACCCGCGAAGCUCAAGUACGACUACGACGGCGAGCUCAUCGUGCGCUUCUCGACGGGCCAGGAGCAGCGCGUGGCGCUCCAGGGCACCGUCGUGCGGCCGGCGCUCGUGGCGUCGCCGCCGGCCCACGACUUCAAGGUCGUGCGCACGGACGGGUCGUCGUGCCUGAGCCUCUUCCUCUCGAACCCGACGGAGGUCGACAUCGAGUGGCAGCUCCGCCACGUGCCGCGCGGCGACCGCGUCUCCGACGGCAUCGACGGCGACAACGCGCCCCUCGACUCCGUCGACGACCCCUCCGUCUUCGACUUCAGCGACGUCACCGCGCACAUGACGGGGCCGUCGCUGCCCUUGAAGUCGGCCGCCGCGUGCGUGCCCAAGGACUUCAACCGCCUCGCGGACUCCCUCUUCUCCCAGACGGUCACGGCCCUCACCUGGAAGCCGGGCGGCGGCGACCACGACGAGGCCGUCACGUCCCUCGACGCGGCGCUCCGCGCGGAGGCGCGCGCGAACCCGCGCGUGCCGCUCCCGGUCACCGUGACCUUCAAGCCCAAGCGCGACGUCAAGUACUGCAGCCGCUUCCGCUUCGACGUCCACAAGGGCGAGCCCUUCGACAUCGUCCUCCAGGGCGUCGGCUCCUACGAGGAGAACGUCCUGCCCCUGACCGUUCGCGUCGCGGGGAACGCCUAA